AUGUCCAACGGUGGUGGCCGCCGAAAGAAGCGUCCGACCGCUACUGCCCCUCCGCCUCCACCUGCACCAGUUUAUCUUGGUGGAGGAAAAGGUCGAAAAACCAAAAGCAGUGGCAUUAAAGCUGGUGGAAUGGUAUUUAUGGGAUCUACUGUAGCUGCAACAGAAACUGGAGGAGGUGGUUGUGGUCAUCAUAGUGGUGGUGGUGGGGGUGGGGGUUGCGGAGGAGGAGGAGGAGGAGGCGGCGGUUGUGGGGGUGGGGGUUGUGGUGGAGGGGGUUGCUGAGGCUGAGAUGAAGGCAUGAAGUUUCAGUACUUGGAUUGGGUGGCGUAUUCCUCUGGGUGUUGUUUCUUUUGCUUCUGUAGAUAAUUGAGUUGCUUGUGUGGGUAGGAUAAAUAUUUUAGAUGCUAGCCCUACAGUUGUAUAGACCAUGUUGUUUUGUCAUUUGUUUGUAUGCGUGAUGAAUAAAGGCUCUAUUUGCAUCAUUGUAUGGUUGUCAAAAACU